AUGAGUGACCUCCUUAACUACAUCCUCAACAAUGAGGAUGCGUUUCGAAGGAACCGCCUCCCCUCGCUUUACUCGGACUUUACCCUCCAAAAGAAGACAAAUCCCGAUGGCUAUGCGAUCAACAUAGCCGCUUGGGAACAAGCAUUGAACCGAGCCGCUAAGCGUGGUUAUACAUCCUCGCGAGGCGUGCGCGUACGCUCUGGAUCUAUCGGAUCCUCGAAGAAUACAACGGGGAACAGGAAGAAGACUGAUCACCUCAUUCUUCGCACGGAUGAAUCGCUGUUACGAGACUUGGAGCUGCCCGAGUGGGGGAGACCGGUGGCACUGGGUGCUGUGUUUGACGAAGCAAUGCGCAAAAAUACCAUGGUUCCCUUGCCGGUCUACAAGACUAGCGGAGCAAGUCUACAGAAGGCCCAGUGGAGACUUAUCGAUCCCGGUGCUUUGAGUCCAUGGAAUGUGAUGAGUUGGGGGGUGCGGCAGCUCAAAGGCUUCGUUGUAGGCUCCGACGGCGAAUCUGCGCCAAAGUUGCAGGUGCAGGAAUUGGUAUUGGUCGAGAACUUGCAGGAAGCGGCGGACUUGGUUGUUAAGAAGGCCACUGGUGGCAAUUCAUCCAAGCUGGACCUGAUAUACUCCAAAGAAAGCUUUAUUGAAGAGUUCGCCUCCAUAUUGCACGACGCCACUGAAUUGUCAGAUUCCGAUUUUGAUAUUCUUUUGCUUUAUCUGUCCCACGAUAGUGGCGCUAUCGCGUAUGAUGGCAAGACUGUGAAGUUCAAGUCAAAGGAUGAACCAGCACAGAUCACGCAGCAAGAUACGACAAUCGCCUCCAUCAAGACGCUUUUAUCAACUCUUUCGAAGCAGGUGAAGAACCUGGAAGAUAAAGUUGCUGAAUUGACUGCAUCUGCAAAGACGGCGCUGGCAAACAAAAAUCGUAUCUCCGCGCUGUCGGCCAUCAAGUCUAAGAAGAUGGUCGAGCAUAACCUCCAGCAACGCCUGAACACCCUUGUCCAGCUCGAGGAGGUAUAUGCAAAAAUCGAGCAGGCCGCGGGCCAGGUGGAGAUCGUGCAGGUCAUGGAGGCCAGCACCGGUGUUCUUCGUGGGUUGCAUGCUCAGAUCGGAGGUGCUGAGCGUGUUGAGGAUGUGAUCGAGGGGUUGCGUGAAGAGAUGUCCAAGGUGGACGAGGUCGGAACCAUCAUGAAUGAGGCAGGACCUGUCUUCGACGAGGGUGAGAUUGAUGAGGAGCUCGAGGCUCUGGAGAAGGGUGAUCGGGAGACACAGGAAGAAAAGGAAGCCGAGGCUACGCGCAAGAAGCUUGCCGAGCUGGACAGUCUCAAGCAAGUCUCAGACGAAGCCGCGCGCCAGGCGGAGGCAGAGAAAAAUGUUGACAGCCAGCUGGCACAGAGCAUUGAGAGGCUCUCAAACAUGUCGGUUGAAGAUCGCCCAUUGCCCGCUAACUAG